AUGGAUCUUUGCCGUAGCUUGAUCCUUCUCAAGGCGCUCGCGGUGCUAGCUUUGCUGGCUGCGACCUUGGACUACGAUGUUGAUGCCGAAGGCUACACGGACAAAGGAGGAGGAAACUGCAGCACAGAGAAGGAAGAGGCCGCUCUUCUCCAGCGACAUGUGCACAAGCCGCUGAACUCCACCAACGUUGCGCCGAACAUACAGGCCGCUUUGUCCGAAGUCUCCCGCCCUCGCCGUCGCCAGUGGGGAAAACAUGAAACUGACUAUCCCACCGGCUAUGGCCAGGCAGGUGGAUCUUCUGCAUCUGAUGAGUUGGAGGCGAUCGAGGAACUUAAGGAUGCGAUUGAGACCCUCAACAGCAACCUCGCGCAAAUUCCGGCGCAGGUCACAGAAGAACUGACGGGUGCCUUGGAAAAGGCGCUACCAGCUCUGGGUGUGCAGGACGUGGUGAUCGAGCAAGCUCCUGCCGGCCUGUGUCUAGGCGAGAAUGCCAGCCAUGUGGUCCCUAACGGCAAUUGCAGUGAGCUGGAGCUGAUGGAGAAGGGAAACUGUACAUACACGAUCAGCAAUGACCCGAGCAGGGCCAGUGCCAACAGCACCAUCAUCCCUGGCUGCGGGCUUCUCAUCAGUGGCUUCCAAGAGCUCUUUGUCUACUGCAAUACCGCCUCAGAGCAGCGUCAAGUCACUGCAACGACUUGCAAUGGACUCGGCACGGCGAAGUUCAACCAUCUGUUGGCUGCCUUCACGGAGGUGUCCGACCAGACCGAUGAGAACUCGACCCGCGUCGCGUGCCUCAGCACUGCUUGCCAGGACGAUUCUGUGGGCAGUUGGGCUUGCCCAGACGCGUGGACAGGAGAAGGUGAAGAUGUGCGAGUCACCGUACAGUUCCUAGUCGACCCCCAGGCAUGCGCAUACAUCAUUCAGCAGCCUAGCAUGGGGGCCUCAGGCAACGACACUGAUGUGCUCAUAAUCACAAGCAGAGACCCGGCAGCAACCACCACUACUUCGCCGGCAUCCACCACUAGCACUUCCCAACUCUCCACCACGGACAUUGCCAGAGACGGUGCGAGUCACAGUGAGCUUCCUGGCAAAAGCAACCCCAGCGGCGAUCUAGCUCACUUGACAGAGUUGCUGGAGAGCGAGUUGGCCAGCGCAAAGCAAGAGCGUGAACAGUUGCACAGCGAGAUGCGGGAGUUCCGCAAGAUUCGCCAGAGCUUGGAAGACAAGACCCUCCUUCCUACAUACGAACCAGGUCCCCAUAGCGGUGGGGAGGAAGUGGCUAGCCUCAGGCCAUCCACAAGGAGCACUCCGACCAGAAAGAAGCCAGUUGUCGCUCGAAAGCCUCAGGAUCCGUUGGCAUUUUCCCUUUGCCGACAUGAUCAGAGAAAGCCUGGGCUCAAGAGGGCCAACAAAACAAAUCUCCUGGCCGAUGCAGCCCAGCUUGCGACUUUGCCGUAG